AUGGCAGCCCAGUUGUGUUUGUCUCAGGAGGCGGGCGACAAAGUCAUCACACCUGAUGGCAGAGAGCCCUGUGCCCGAUGGCUGAGUGGAGUUCCAGGUACUCCGGGAUUUGACGGAAUCCCAGGCAGGGACGGUAGGGAAGGGCGUGAAGGAGAAAAGGGGAAUGACGGUGAACCAGGUUCAAGAGGGCUGAAAGGGAUACCAGGUGAGUUAGGGGUUGAAGGUCCAACAGGACAUCCUGGUUUCCCUGGUAACCCAGGCCUUAAAGGGGAGAAAGGAGAGAGCUACUUUACAUACCACUCAGCAUUUAGCGUGGGUCUGACAGAGGAGAUCAGCAUCCCUGAUACUCCCAUCCGCUUCAACAAGGCCUUCUACAAUGAGCAGCACGACUACGACGAGAUUUCUGGAAAGUUCCGUUGUGUCAUCCCAGGUAUCUACUUCUUCACUUAUCACCUAACGGUUCAUGGGAAACAGACACAGGUUGCCCUCUAUAGGAAUGGUCGAACGGUAGCCUUCACACUCGACCAGUUUCACAACGGGGAUUUGGACCAAGCGUCGGGUGGGACAAUUCUGAACCUUGCAUCUGGAGACGAGGUUUGGCUGCAGGUUUACAGCGGAGGUGAAGAGGAAUUUAUUGGAGGCGUGUAUGCCGACAUCACCAGCGACUCGACCUUCUCCGGCUUCCUCCUGAGUCCCAAACUCCAAAAUAACCCAUUAGACAACCGCAGGCGCUAA